CAAUAUACUUUAUAUGAAUAGUUAAUGUGGACAAAGGUACAAAAGUUAUGUUGGUAAAUAUUGUUUACCUAAAUAGUAGAUGGCUGAACUCAACUUAUACAAAAAAAACAGAAAGACGCAAAUUUUAUAUUUCUCCAUCAAAAAUGUAUUUUGUUCCAACAAUUAAAUUUGAAAAAUCGACAUUUAUUCAUGGUGAAAUACCACAUUGGAAUGCCAAGUUUAUAGAAAUUCCAUUUUUGGAUAACAACGUUACAAUGAUUAUAUUUUUGCCAAAUAAAAAUAUGGAACCUGGGAAUCUGGAGUACUUGGAAAAAAAGCUUAACUUUUUCGAAUUUGAAUCAAUUAGAACUGCAUACACAAACAAAUUUGAGCAAGAUAUGGAUCUAUAUUUACCUAAGUUUAUGACUGCAUAUCAUGAAAAUAUGACAGAUUUUUUUCGUAUGAUGGGCGUUACUACGAUGUUCGAGAAUAAUGCGGAUUUUACACGUCUCUCAGAAAUUCCUCUAAAAGUGAACAAUAUCGUUCAAACGGUUUCCGUAAAAAUUAACGGAGAAAGUUCGGAAGCUCCAAAUGAUAACAUCUUUGACGAAAGCGAGAUAAGAGAACCGGUAGAUCCACUGCAAGAGUUGGUCGUAGAUCGUCCGUUUCAUUACUAUAUCGAAGUAUACGGAGAGAUAAUGUUUGCUGGAACCGUGCGAGCACCAGAAUUUAUAUUUCUGAGAAAUGAAUUAUAAAUUCUAUUACAUUCUUGU